GGCAAUUCUACGAGCAUUGGAAAGAAAUACAGGCGCCGAAAGUAGGUCCUUAAACAGAGCAACAUGGUAUUGUACAAUACCAGGAAAUCCACACCUCCGGCUCUAUGCUCCGCAUUCCCUCCACCACCUCGGCGCCGAACGCCACAUCUGAUUCCUCGCUACUCACCACAUCUGUAGAGUUCGAUGGCAUUGCCACGUUCCUCGCACCAAGUCUAGAACGAUUUACGCGUGUAUUUACAGAUUCAUAUCAUGUUGAAAUAGUCAGGCUGGAUAAGCAGGUCCUCUUAGAUAGAAAAAGGGCUGGGUGGCAGAGUUGUUGCGAGCGUCUCAGAGAAGAUCGUCUGUAUGGUACAAGAAGGUAAACUGGUGACUUUUACAUAACUACAUGAAUGGGUAGCUGGGCAUCAUUGGACUGAGUCGCAGUAGAGGUGAGCAAGAUACAAAAAGGCACGGACACUCUUCAAGUUCUCAAUCUUGCGAGAUAUUGCUGAG